AUGGAAGCAGUGGCAGCAAAAUCAGUGAUCAAAGUCGCAGCUCUUUGUGGUUCUCUUCGUAAAGGUUCCUUCAACCGUGGCCUCCUUCGUUCUGCAAUCCAGUUGAGUAAGGAGUCAGUACUGAAUGGCAUGGAAAUUGAGUACGUGGAUAUUUCACCACUGCCUAUGUUAAAUACCGAUCUUGAAGUCGACGGCACGUUUCCACCUGUUGUUGAAGCUUUCCGUCAGAAGAUUCUUCAAGCUGACAGUGUUCUUUUUGCCUCGCCUGAGUACAAUUAUUCCGUCACCGGACCUUUGAAGAAUGCAAUUGACUGGGCAUCCAGACCACCAAACUGUUGGGCUGACAAAGCUGCUGCCAUUGUAAGUGCUGGAGGAAGUUUUGGUGGUGGGAGAGCACAAUACCAUCUUCGCCAAAUUGGAGUUUAUCUGGACCUCCAUUUCAUUAACAAGCCUGAGUUUUACUUGAAUGCAUUUACACCUCCUGCAAAAUUUGAUAGCGAUGGCAACUUGAUUGAUCCAGCGUCUAAGGAUAGAAUAAAGGAAGUUCUUUUAAGUUUGCUUGCAUUCACAUUGCGACUCCAAGGAGAAACAGAUCUUGUGCAGGCAAAAAUGGCGAGGGAGGCAGAAAAUUCUGUGAUCAAAGUUGCAGCUCCUAGUGGAUCUCUUCGCAAAGCUUCAUAUAAUGAAGGCCUCAUUCGAGCUGCGAUGGAGCAAACCAAGGAGUUCGCAACUGGCAUGGAAAUUGAGCACAUAGACAUAUCAGAACUACCAAUGCAAAAUGUUGACCUCGAGGGAAAUGAAGAAAAUUUUCCAUCAGAUGUGCCGGAAGUUUCCCACCAGCAGUUGAAGCUUUUCGGCAGAAAAAUUCUUGAAGCUAAUAGCAUUCUUUUUGCCUCGCCGGAGCAUAAUUAUUCAGUCACCGCACCUAUCAAGAAUGCAAUAGACUGGGCCUCUAGACCCCCAAACGUUUGCGCUGAUAAAGCUGCUGCAAUCAUAAGUUCUUCAGGAGGAAUGGGUGGUGCACGAGGACGGUUUCAUCUUCGACAAAUAGCAAAAGAGAGUUUGAAGGAUGUGCUUUUGGCCUUGCAAGCAUUUACUUUGCGUCUCAAAGGCUGCAAAUGA